CCACGGUAACCACGUCCACCCGUUUUCCGCCCCCGCCGCUCGCCGUCCAUCCUUUGCUUCCACCUCACUCCGCUCUCCUCGCGCCGCGCGUCCCGACUCCCGAGGCCACCACCCCCUAGAAAACAAACCCGCCGACAUCGACGGCGACGGAGUACAGCGCGCGCCAUCCCUCCCACCCAAAAGCGAUCACCACCACCGCAACCCCCCGUUGGAAGGACGGGCUGCGAAGGUCAGGAGGAUACCACCGAUGGCGUCUCUGCGGCCGCUCGACCCCUCGCUCGCCACCGCGGCGGCUUCCAGGCCGCGCAGCGGGCCCGUGGCUCCGCCGUCCGCCGCGCUGCCGCUGCGGCGCAGGGGCGGAGGCGGCGCCCUCCGGGGGCGAAGGCGCGGGCUGCUCUCGUGCCGCGCUGCUUCGCCGUCGGCGGCAGAGAUAACAAAGGAUAAAAACACAACAGAUCCUUCAAAGGUGCUACUCCGGGUUUUCUUAGAGCACCAGGUUAAGUUUGGUGAGCAUGUUGGUGUUAUAGGUUCGACAAAGGAACUUGGGUCAUGGAAGAAGCAUGUUGAGCUGGUGUGGACACAGGAUGGCUGGGUCGGCCAGCUUGAGCUCCCUGCAGAAACACUAGUGGAGUUCAAGUUUGUGAUAAUUUUGGAAGGUGGAAAGGGGAAAACAUGGGAGGAUGGUAACAACCGUGUUAUUGAGCUGCCGAAAGGAGGUACAUUUGAUAUAGUUUGCCACUGGAAUAUGACAGAAGAGCCUUUAGAUCUUUCAGGAACAUCAAAGGUUCAUAAAGAAUCCAGAAAUAUUACACCAAAAGAAGUUCGAGAUGUUUCAGUGACUGGGAAUGGAGAUCUAGCACCAGAAACUGACUCAAGCAACUUCGGCGGGCAAUGGCAAGGAAGUGAUGCGGUUUUUAUGAGGUCAAAUGAGCAUCACAAUAAGUCAUCCGAUAGGAUGUGGGAUACAAGUGGGCUUGGUGGAAUGACACUCAAAUUGGUGGAGGGUGAUAAAGUGUCUAGGAACUGGUGGAAGAAGUUAGAGCUUGUCCGUGAGCUCUUGUCAGAGCCUGUCGAUGAUCAAAGUAGAUUGGAGGCCCUUAUAUGCUCUGCUAUUUAUUUAAAGUGGAUUUAUACAGGUCAGAUAUCGUGUUUCGAAGAUGGUGGUCAUUAUCGACCCAACAAACAUGCUGAGAUAUCGAGGCAAAUUUUCCGUGAACUUGAAAAGAUGUACUACACAAAAGGCAUAUCAGCUGAGGAUGUGCUUGUCAUUCGCAAGAUCCAUCCUUGUUUACCUUCAUUUAAGUCGGAGUUUACCGCCACUGUCCCUCUAACACGAAUUCGUGAUAUUGCUCACCGGAAUGACAUCCCACAUGAUCUCAAGCAAGAAAUCAAGCAUACUAUACAGAACAAGCUUCACCGAAGUGCUGGCCCUGAGGAUCUUAUUGCUACAGAAGCCAUGCUUACUAGGGUUACUAAGAAUCCUGGAGAAUACAAUGAAGCUUUUGUUGAACAAUUCAAAAUAUUUUAUAGUGAACUAAAAGAUUUUUUUAAUGCCGGCAGCCUGUUUGAACAACUGGAAUCCAUCAAGGAAUCUUUGAAUGAGUCUGGCUUAGAAGCACUCUCAUCAUUUGUGAAAACCAAAAAGAGUUUGGACCAAGUGAAAGAUGUAAAAGAUUUAGAAGUUUUGAUGAAGACCUUGCAAUCAUUAUCUUCAUUGAGAUCAGUUCUAAUGAAGGGCCUUGAAAGCGGCCUUAGGAAUGAUGCAACUGAUGAUGGUAUAGCAAUGAGACAAAAGUGGCGCCUUUGUGAGAUUGGUCUUGAGGAUUACUCAUUUGUUUUGUUAAGCAGAUACAUCAAUGGUCUUGAAGCUUUGGGUGGAUCUGCUUCGCUUGCACAAUGUGUGGGUAGAGAUACAAGUAUAUGGGACGAUGCCCUUGAUGCCCUUAUUAUUGGCAUCAAUCAAGUUAGCUUCUCAGGUUGGAAGCCAGCAGAAUGCAUUGCUAUAGGGAACGAGCUUCUUUCUUGGAAGCAAAAGGGUCUAUCAGAAAAUGAAGGCAGUGAAGAUGGGAAGUAUAUUUGGGCACUAAGACUUAAAGCUACACUUGAUAGAGCAAGGAGGUUAACUGAAGAGUAUUCUGAAGCACUUCUAUCUAUAUUCCCUGGAAAUGUCGAGGUCAUUGGAAAAUCCCUUGGAAUACCAGAGAACAGUGUGAGAACAUACACUGAGGCUGAAAUUCGUGCUGGUGUUAUUUUUCAGGUCUCCAAAGUUUGCACUGUACUUUUGAAAGCUGUUCGAUCAGUAAUUGGAUCGUCUGGCUGGGAUGUUCUUGUCCCUGGAGUGGCCCAUGGAGCUCUGUUACAGGUAGAAAGAAUCAUUCCUGGAUCAUUGUCUUCAUCCAUGAAAGGACCUGUGGUUCUACUUGUAAAUAAGGCUGACGGAGAUGAAGAGGUCAAAGCUGCUGGCGAAAAUAUAGUGGGUGUUAUUCUUCUACAGGAGUUACCUCACUUAUCACAUCUUGGUGUUAGAGCUCGUCAAGAGAAAGUGGUUUUUGUAACUUGUGAAGAUGAUGACACAAUUGCAGAUCUGAGGUUGCUCGAGGGAAAGCAUGUCAGGUUGGGAGCAUCAUCAAGUGAUGUUGAUUUGUCAGCAGUUUCAGAUGAAAAUGUGGGUGACAUAUCUUCAGAGCCAUCCAGUACACAGAAACCCUCAAAUGAGUUCUCUUUACCACUGGCUACGGACAAGUUGUCGUACAUGCCUGAGCCGAAAAGCUAUACUUCAGGAGAAAAUGGUAGUUCCAGUGUGCUGGAGCUUGCAGAGGCAUCAAUUGAAUCUUCUGGUGCUAAAGCUAAAUCUUGUGGAACUCUUUCUGUGCUGGCCUCACUGUCAAAUAAAGUUUACAGUGAUCAAGGAAUUCCAGCAGCAUUCAAAGUUCCUUCUGGUGCCGUGAUUCCAUUUGGAUCAAUGGAGGAUGCGCUCAAGAAAAGUGGAUCAGUGGAAUCAUAUACAAGCCUUCUAGAGAGGAUUGAGGCAGCUGAAGUCGAAAGUGGUGAACUUGAUAGCCUAUCAUCUGAGCUACAAGCAAUGGUGUCACUACUUUCACCAACCGAACAAACUGUUGAAUCUUUGAAAACAAUCUUCCCUGAGGAUGCACGGCUGAUCGUCAGGUCUAGUGCUAAUGUGGAGGAUUUGGCCGGUAUGUCAGCCGCCGGACUCUAUGAUUCUAUUCCUAAUGUCAGUCUCUCAGACACAAAAUCCUUUGGAGCUGCGGUUGCACGGGUCUGGGCUUCAUUAUACACAAGGAGAGCCAUCCUCAGUCGUCGAGUUGCCGGUGUGCCUCAGAGAGAAGCCAAGAUGGCCAUUCUUGUGCAAGAAAUGCUGGAGCCAGAACUAUCAUUCGUUCUUCACACUGUCAGCCCCUCUGACCAUGAUACCAGGGUUGUCGAAGCCGAGGUCGCACCUGGGCUGGGAGAAACCCUCGCUGCGGGGACCCGUGGCACCCCAUGGAGGCUCUCCUGCGACAAAUUCGACACCAACGUCACCACUGUAGCCUUCGCAAAUUUCAGCGAGGAGAUGGUGGUGCUCAACUCUGGCCCAGCUGACGGGGAGGUGGUUCAUCUGACCGUAGAUUACAGCAAGAAAGCGUUGUCCGUCGACGGAACCUUCAGGAAACAGUUCGGUCAGCGGCUGGCCGCCAUUGGCCAGUAUCUGGAGCAGAGGCUUGGGAGUGCGCAGGAUGUGGAAGGUUGCCUGGUUGGGGAAGAUGUGUUCAUAGUGCAGAGCAGGCCACAGCCAUAGUAGUGUCCGUAUGUGUGCUGCUAAGUUGAGCAUGUUUUGUUAGGUGAAUGAAAUCUGCCGAAAAAUCUUACGGAUUUUGUAAUACGCAGGGGAAAAUAAAUAAGCCGGGUAUAAGAACCCCCAGGCGGAAGUAACAGAUUUGAAGUAAUGCUUCGACUUCUGAUCGUGAGCUGUGAACACUAAUUUUGUUUGUAAUACAUGCAGUGCAACUUGAUACUUGAAAUAUAUAUGAAGUGGAACACUGAGUUGGAUACUCAUUCUGUAUAA